AUGAAAACUAAUUCUAGCAUCUUCCAUUUUGCCAUAAUCGUCAUGUUAAUAUUUGAGAUCAGAAUCCAAUUGUCGGAUGAAAGUGAAUUUCUAGUUAACAGAUCAAACACAGGUCUCUUUCAUGUUCCCAAAGACCUAUCCUUGAAAACAACAAUCUUAGAUAUAUCACAAAACUAUAUAUCUGAGCUUCAGACUUCUGACAUCCUAUCACUAUCAAAGCUGAGGAUUUUGAUAGUUUCUCAUAAUAGAAUUCAAUACCUUGAUAUCAGUGUUUUCAAAUUCAACCAGGAAUUGGAAUACUUGGAUUUGUCCCACAAUGAGUUGGGGAAGAUUUCUUGCCAUCCCACUGUGGACCUCAAGCACUUAGACCUCUCAUUUAAUGCAUUUGAUGAUCUGCCCAUAUGCAAAGAGUUUGGCAACAUGUCUCACCUGGAAUUUCUGGUACAAAAAUCUAGCAUGUUUCCAAUUGCUCCUUUGCAUAUAAGUAAGGUGUUACUGGUCUUAGGAGACGCUUACAGGGAAAAAGAAGACGCUGAGAGCCUUUGAAACCUUAACACAGAAAGUCUACACAUUGUUUUCCCCAGAAGAAAGGAAUUCAGGUUUACUUUGGAUGUAUCAGUCAGCACAGCAGUGAGUCUGGAACUAUCUAAUAUCAAAUGUGUGCUAGAUGAUAAUGGAUGUUCUUAUUUCCAAAAUGUUCUGUCAAAACUUCAAAAGAAUUCAAGGUUAUCAACUCUUACCUUAAACAACAUUGAAACAACUUGGAAUUUUUUCAUUACGAUCCUCCAGUUGGUUUGGCAUACAAGCACAGAGUAUUUCUCAAUUUCAAAUGUAAAACUACAAGAUUACCUUACCUUAAGCUAUUUUGAUUAUUCCAACACUUCACUGAAGGCCUUAUUGAUACACCAUGUUGUCAGUGAUGUGUUCACUUUGCCACAAAGGUAUAUCUAUAGACUCUUUUCAAAUAUGAACAUCCACAAUUUCACAGUGUCUGGUACACACAUGAUCCACAUGGUUUGCCCAUCCCAAAUUAGCCCAUUUCUGUAUUUGGAUUUUUCUAAUAAUCUCUUAACAGACAUGGUUUUUAAAAAUUGUGGAAACUUGACUAAACUGGAGACACUUAAUUUACAAAUGAAUCAAUUAAAAGAACUUGCAAGUAUAGUUAAUAUGACCAAAGAAAUGAAGUCUCUACAACAAUUGGAUAUUAGCCAGAAUUCUCUAAGGUAUGAUGAAAAUGAAGGAAAUUGUGCUUGGACUAAAAGUUUAUUAAGUUUAAAUUUGUCUUCAAAUAUACUUGCUGACUCUGUUUUCAGAUGUUUACCUCCUAAGGUGAAGGUACUUGAUCUUCACGAUAACAGAAUAAGGAGCAUUCCUAAACCAAUCAUGAAACUAGAAGCUUUACAAGAACUCAAUGUUGCUUCCAAUUCUUUAGCCCACCUUCCUGACUGUGAUACUUUUAGCAGCCUUUCUGUACUGAUUAUUGACUCUAAUUCAAUUUCCAACCCAUCAGCUGAUUUCUUCCAGAGCUGCCAGAAGAUUAGGUCCAUAAGAGCAGGGAACAAUCCAUUCCAAUGUACAUGUGAGCUAAGAGAAUUUGUCCAAAGUCUAGGCCAAGUAUCAAGUGAAGUGGUAGAGGGUUGGCCUGAUUCUUAUAAGUGUGGCUAUCCAGAAAACUAUAAGGGAACCCUACUGAAGGACUUUCACGUGUCUCAGUUAUCCUGCAACACAACUCUGCUGCUUGUUACCAUUGGGAUCACUGUGCUGGUGUUGACUCUUACUGUGACUGCUCUCUGUAUCUACUUUGAUCUGCCCUGGUAUCUCAGGAUGGUGUGUCAGUGGACCCAGACCCGGCACAGGGCAAGGAACACACCCUUAGAAGAACUCCAAAGAACCCUCCAGUUCCAUGCUUUUAUUUCAUAUAGUGGGCAUGAUUCUGCCUGGGUGAAGAAUGAAUUACUACCAAGCCUAGAAAAAGAAGAUAUAAGGAUUUGUCUCCAUGAGAGAAACUUUGUUCCUGGCAAGAGCAUUGUGGAAAAUAUCAUAAACUGCAUUGAGAGAAGUUACAAGUCCAUCUUUGUUUUGUCUCCCAACUUUGUCCAGAGUGAGUGGUGCCAUUAUGAACUCUACUUUGCCCACCACAAUCUCUUUCAUGAAGCUUUUGAUAACUUAAUCUUGAUCUUACUGGAACCUAUUCCACAGUAUUCUAUUCCUAGCAGCUAUCACAAGCUCAAAAAUCUCAUGGCACAAAGGACUUACUUGGAAUGGCCCAAGGAGAAGAGCAAACAUGGACUUUUUUGGGCUAACCUAAGAGCAUCUAUUAAUAUUAAAUUGAUGGAGCAAGCAAAAAAAAGAGAUCACACAUAG